UUUCAUUCAUGUUAUUUAAUAUAUUGUACGUGUGAUACUUUCUGUGGGAAAGUUUCAUAUAACAUUUAUUCAAGCAUUUAUGUCAAAAUGUUGGCCAUAAAUACGGCGAACGUUAUAAAUUUGUUAAUUACAACGUUUCACAUUGCAAAUCUCGCUGUCACUCCUGUUAAUCAUCGUGAAGUAGAACUCCACGAUGCAAUUUCAAAUUUAAUAAGGGAUUCUCUAAAAGACGAUAUUACAAUUGAAUAUGAUUGGGGACUUGAUUUUGAUGAUCCAUCGGAACCUCAAGCUGUACAGUUUGUAGAUUCGUAUGAUCCUCAUGCUGAAGAAGAUAACUAUGAAGAUGAAGUUUGUAUUGUAGAUGACGAAGGUGGAAGUGUAGAUUUAAAUUAUAAAAGAAAAGCGGUUGAAUAUUGGAACAGUGGAAAAAAAAGACGUUUAUCCGUUUCUGUUGUACAGAAUCGUUUUAGAAAGGUAAAACAUGUUUCGCAAUUGUACAGAUGGCAGGAGUAUAUAAUGCGUGGAGGGACAAACAGAGACAAAUUGAUAUUCAUUGCCGAAUAUGUAUUAAUAAAAUUUCAAGAAACUAUUGAUAGAGGAUCUAUUAUUCAUGACAUCGAUUUGCGAAGGUGGGCGCUAGAAGCAAAGGAGCAAGUGAAUUUUGCUACAUUUAAAGCAGGACAUUGGUGGAUAUGGAAUUUUAAAAAAGCUCAUCGCAUUACAUCACGUAAAAUAACGAAAUUUAAAACGCAAUCUAAUUUACAAGCUGAUGCACUGAUACAUCAAAAUGCAGAAGAAUUUGUGACAAAUGUAAAACCACAUAUUGCUAUAACUGGUGAAGGAUCAACUUAUAAUGCAGAUGAAAGCGGUUUUAAUCUAGAAAUACAUUCUGGAAGAACAAGAUUUCGAAAUUUAUUUAAAUAUAGUUGGUAUAAAAGUGGCUAUUUAUCAACACGGCCUGAAAAGUUUGAAAAUCCAAUCAAUUACUGUUAUUUUAAAGAAGAAAAACAUAUACCGAAAUGCAGCAUUUGUGAUAAAAUGGCUUUUAUACGUUGUGCAUGGUGCAAAAAUUACUUCUGUUUUGAACACUUCUUUGAACAAUACCAUUAUUGUAACAAUUAUAUAGAAUAAGAGAAGUCGUAGCCAAAAUUAGCGGGCCGAUAAAAUUGACAGCAUACCCUGUAA